AGUAUGCGUUUACUUCUAUCAGCUGACGCUCAAUGUCAGUCUGCAUGUAUUUCCCUCGGUUUAUUUCCUAUAGUAGAGCUUAAGUUCUUCGAUAACCGCAAUGCACAGAGCUGCAUGCGCAACUUUAUGCGACUGGCCUCAGUUAGUCAGACCAACAAUGAUCCGACAGAGUUUAAAAUGCUCAGGUUCCCUCCAGAGCAGCUCUCGUGCCUACAGUGUUAUUCCUCCACCGCGCGACAGGGAGGAGCAGGAGAUGGUGCACCGGAUGCUGCGCGUGGACCAUGCUGGUGAAUACGGUGCCAACCGCAUCUAUGCCGGACAGAUGGCAGUGUUGGGCAGAUCGAGGACUGGUGCUCUUAUCCAGCAAAUGUGGGAUCAAGAAAAAAAACAUCUGGCAAAAUUCAAUGAAAUCCUUGCUGAGAACAGAGUUCGACCCACAGCUCUGUUGCCUCUCUGGAACCUGGCUGGGUUUGUUCUAGGGGCAUCCACUGCUCUGCUGGGUAAAGAGGGGGCCAUGGCGUGCACGGUGGCAGUAGAGGAGAGCAUCUCUGAACACUAUAACAGCCAGAUCAGAGCUCUGAUGGAGCGGGAUCCAGAGAGAUACACUGAGCUGUUAGAAGUAAUAAAGGAAUUUAGAGAUGAUGAAAUGGACCAUCAUGACACAGGAUUGGAGCAUGAUGCCGAAUCACUACCUGGUUACUGGCUACUAAAAAAUGCAAUCCAGCUGGGAUGCAAAGCUGCAAUAUACGUUUCUCAGCGUGUCUGAUUCUGUAUUUAAUUGUAACAAUUCCUUUUUUAUUUUAGUUCACACUUUUGAAAUGGGUUUCUUUGAAGCUGUCAUGAACGACAGAAGGAACUGUGAUGUAAAACAAUGUUGUAAUAUUACCAGAUGUAUCAUUAGGUAUACAAAGCAUUGUAAAAGACAUGAAGGGCUCCAUUCUGACUGCGUGACUACUAUGCUUCAGUUUGUUUAAAGGAAUCUUGCUUAUAUGUGACUGUUAUGUUUUCUUAGAUGUGUGGUUUUGAUUUUAAAUUGUCAUCAUUAAGUUGGCUCAAAAAAGGUAUUAGUUACACAUUGGUUAUAUCUCUGUUGAAAUAAAUAAGCUGAUAAAUAUCUUCUUUCAAUACAUCUAUAAACUCAGUUCCUAAGUUGGAACGUUGUGUAAAAUGUGAUGAAUAAAUAAACUACAAAGACAAGAUAUUUUUAUGCCUAAAAGUUGUUUAGAAAAAAAAAUGGGACGUGUUUGGUAAAAUCCACAGAUGAGCAAAACUGGAGGGGCAUUUCUGCAGGGAAGUGCACAGACACUAGGUGGUGCUAGAGGACCUGUCCCUGAUCCUAGUCUAGACAAAAAAAAAAAAAAAAAGGCUUCUUAUUCUGAAAUAAUUUUCUUUUUUUUUAAGUAAUGUUUGGCCAAAGUUAGCAUUUCUGAAUUUAAAAACCUAUUUCACCAGUCCCUUAUAUUUUUUUUAUUUUGAACAAGACAAAGCAAGCAGUUUAACUUCUUGAACUUGGAUAUUAAGGUUGAAACUUUAGCAACAGGCUAAUAAAAUGUAUCCCCUUCCCUGUUACAUCUUCAAUGGCUGCCCCCUGAUACCAGCAGACAAUUUGAUAAGGUAGCUCUUUGAUUAAAUUAAAAUGGUUAUUUAUAACAUGAGAUAAAAUUUGCUAUUCUGAUUA